CGAAAACACCCGAACAUGCGAUGACACACUUCCGUCCUAACACGCACACCGUAGCCGAAGAGCCCCAAGACCCAUUUGACCAGGCGAUGUCCCUGCCACAGAACCCCAUCGUGCAACCUAUGCUCGAGGUCAACACUGGAGUUGUGCCCACACACACGCAGCUUUCCUACGAAAUUCUACCUGCUAUCGACUAUCCGCCGUCACAAAAUUCUACAGCCGAUAGCCCCGAGAUCCGCUUCGUAACACACGAUGGCGGCGAACUUCCGUUGCCAUGGGCACUUGAUAGUAGAGGUGACCGGCUUGUAGAUGCAAGAAUUUCUGCCCCGUUGCCUGAGGACGUCGCGGCCAAACUAAACCUCAGACUCCACUAUCCGGGCUGCUCGGAGGCGUACACCAGACAGAUCAUGUCUCGCAGAUCCACGGCAGCCGGCGAGCCUAUCUCUAUGAAGGAACUCGCGAAGAAGAUUGCCCGCGAGAUGGGUGCAUACAUAACACGCGAGAGAAACAGGGGGUGCCCUAUGAUGUUCAAGGGACGCCCAGUUGAGCUUGACGAUCUCCUGCUUUGGAGACUCCGCAGGGUUAGCUCGGGCUCCUGGACGGCCGACUUCAAGAUCGCGAGAUUUGAUUUCCCUCUAACUAUGUGACCUGCUUCCUAUAAAUGCCUAGAACAACAUUUCAAAGCUUUCUCCUCGAGCCAUGCAAGUCCCGCGGUGACUUGCAUUGGGGUAGAAACAUCCAUCUCUCCUUCCAUGCAGGCAAAAAUGCACUGGUCGAUAUCCACGCUGAUAACCACAGCUCUAUUCAUCCGACAAGAGCCUCACAAUCGCCUGACGUCCUUCGUCCCGUUUGGCGAGAAGAGGCGUGCCGGGAAAGACAGUGUGUCAUAUCAUAAUCCAUAUGAAUACGCUUGACGAUAGAUCUUAGCGGGAUCAACAUGCGCCAGGUCCGCGUCGGGUUAUGAGAUCGUGGCCUGGACAGCGAAGCAGAACUCGGCU